UCUCUUGUUAACAUCACGAAACCCUAGCAACAAGAACAAAAUAUAACAGAAGGGGGAAGAUGGGAAGAGGAAAGAUUGCAAUAAGGAGAAUAGACAACUCAACCAGUAGGCAAGUGACGUUCUCAAAGAGACGGAAUGGGUUACUGAAGAAAGCAAAAGAGUUGGCCAUUUUAUGUGACGCUGAAGUUGGAGUCAUCAUCUUCUCCAGUACCAAUAAGCUCUAUGAAUUCUCAAGUGCAAGCAUGAAAUCAGUGAUUCAACGCUACAAUAAAUCAAAAGAAGAAAACAGUCAACUUGUGAAUUCGAUGUCAGACGUCAAGUUUUGCCAAAUGGAGGUCGCAAUAUUGAAGCAACAGUUGCAGAAUUUGCAUGAAGCUCAUAGGCAACUUAUGGGAGAGGAACUCUGUGGUUUGGGAGUUGAAGACCUGCAAAAACUCGAGAACCAAUUAGAAAUAAGCUUGCAAGGUAUUCGAAUGAAAAAGGAAGAGAUUCUAACCAAUGAGAUAGAAGAUCUCACGAGAAAGGGGAGCCAAAUACAUCAACAAAACAUCGAACUCUACAAGAAGAUUCAUGAAGCAAGAGCAUAUGCCGCUAACUAUGAUGAAUAUAGUUCAAUGCAUGAAACUCCAUUGUUAUCCAAGCAUGUAGCUCCACCAAUCAGCAGCUACGCCAACUUGAGCAUUGGAGGAGUCUUUACAUACGGAUAAACUUAUAAUGUGAUGUUUCCAUUUCUUGACACAAGCUUUCCCUUUUAAUGGGAUGUUUUCAUUUCUUGAAAUGAAUGAAAGAUCGAUGCAAGCAAAUAAUCAUUUUUGUGAUUCAAUACCUUUUUUUCAAUGGCAUUUCAAAAUUCUCGCCUUUGAUUAUCGUAUGAUGGGUCAUUUUUUACUCAUUUAUACAUAUAACAAUAUGCAAACUAUAUAUAUGGGCAUGCUACGUGCAAUUGUUCCCAUGUAAUUAAAUUUUUUCUUCCGUUCCUUUUAUGGCUUUUUUUUCAGUUUCUUUUUGUAAUAUUUUGGUUCCAUAUAUUUGCAUGCAAAUGAAUUAAUAUGAUAAAUUAAUUGGAAGUUAUUAAUUUAAGGUAACUAUAAAGCUUAUGAUAGAAGAAUAGAAGCCUUGUGGCACAUUAGUCGAAGUACGUAGAAGGUGCCGAUCUAUAUAUACACCAUACACGUCCCUUUAGGUGAGGACCACAAGUUAUUAUUUAGAAGCGUCAGCUUUCUAAGAUUACGCACUAAAAUCGUCAUCUGAAUUGUUCAGCAAAGGUGAUGCAAGCAACAGUGUGUUUCUUUUAGGCCCCAUAUGCGUGAUA